AUGCGCAUCCUGCUUACUCUGGCAGCAAAGAAUAACUGGCCCGUCUACAACUUUGAUUUCGUGGCGGCUUACCUGAAUGCGCCCAUCGAUGAAGAAGUAUGGGUACAGGCUCCUGAAGGGCUAGACGUCGAAGCAGGGGAAGCGUGCCUUCUGAAGAAGGCACUUUACGGGAUGAAAAAAGCUGCUCGAUGCUGCAACAAGGUCAACCGUUCAAUAAUUUGGGUUCACGUUGACAAUGGUAUUGUCACCGGCUCCUCUGAUGAGGCACUCAAACUACUUGAAACACAAUUAAAAGGAAGUUUGGAAAUCAAGUGGGAAGAAGGUCUUUCAAGCAUGGUGGGAGUCAAGAUUACGCGUACGGAAGAUGGUUUUGAACUACGACAACCUUGUCUGAUCUCGAAAAUCCUGAAUGAACAAUGGGAUGGUGUCUCUCUUGCAUCAUCUCCGCUCCCGGAAGGGUAUUCUGCUAACUCUGACGACAAAGAGCCGGGAGUGAACAGUACGGAUUACUUAUCUGCUAUUGGCAGUCUCAGCUAUGUUGCUGUUGGAACUAGACCCAAUAUCACGUACAGUGUGAACUAUCUUGCACGUUUCUCAGCCCGACCCUCAACGAUCCACUGGAAAGGCCUACGCCAUCUGAUCAACUACCUAGCAAAAUCAAGGGACAUGCCACUGAAGAUCCAACCGUCUAAGAUUUGCCAUUCACCGGUGGAUUGCUACGUCAAUGCAAACUGGGGAGGUCCCAACUCCAGAUCAUCAUACGGUGUACUCAUUCGACUGUACGGUGCGCCCAUCAUGUGGGUGUCACGCAGACUGGUUACAGUGGCAAGCUCGACGUGCCAGGCGGAGUACAUGGCACUUGGACACGCCACUAGACACACACUGUGGAUCAGGAACUUACUGGCGGACAUUAUUGGAGCGGAUUGUGUUGUGAAAAUCCUCUGUGACAAUCAGUCAGCUGUGAAGAUUGGUUGUGAGGACGCUUCCAACAAGAGGGCACAACACGUAGAACAAGACUUUUAUGUUACAAACCAAGCUCUCUUUCAACAAAAAACCUCUCUGAAGUGGAUCCCUGGGAAAGAACAACUGGCCGACAUCCUGACAAAAGCUUUGGGAAAAUCAGCACACAAACAUCUUGCAGCGGUAGUUCAAGGUCAUGCGGGUUAA